AAAAGGCCCAAAAAGCCAGUGGUACAAAAUACAUAUGAUUAUGAUUCAAUUGAAGAAAUACAAAUUUUUUCAACUCGUCAAUUGAAUAAAUAAAAAGUCGAAAAACAAUGGAAGCAGUACUCCGUCGCAAAGCAGGGUCGUCCGAUCCCAACUCCGGCGUUGCAAACUCUCUAAAACUACAAUAAAGUUGGAUACUUCGUAGAGUUUAUGUCACUCCGCAAAUGCCAGUUCUCCUUCUUCCUUUUUUCCAGUUCUGAAAUCGCGCUCUCAAGUCCCGCCUUCACAAAGUCGUAAGCUUGGAUAUCGGUUUCUGGUUCCAAUGGAGCUCCCCGUACUUAUCAAAACAGACUUUGUUUAGCUGAUUGGAUUAGACUAUGAAUUUUACGAAAUGGGUUCUCUUAGAUAUGAUCAAUAAAUGCAGUGGCUUCCGGAGUUUCAAGCAAAUCCAUGCACAGAUUUUAGCUUCUGGGCUAGCUUCCAAUGACUUGGUUGCAAGCAGCGUGGUUGGAUUUCUCGGAAAAUCAGUUACUUCUGUUGAUUACGCUUGUGAUUUUUUGAAACAAAUUGAUUGGCGCGAGAGCUCGUUUCCGUUCAACUUGUUGAUCUCCGGCUGUGCGAGCGGAGACGCGCCGCGGGCGGCCUUUUUGGCAUUUAGAAGGAUAGUGAGAGAUGGGUUUUCACCGGAUAUGUUUACCGUCCCGGCGGUUAUGAAAUCUUGUGUGAAGUUUUCGGGGAAGGGAGAGGGCAGGCAGGUUCAUGGGGUGGUUGUGAAGAUGGGUUUUCAAUGUGAUGUUUAUGUGCAGAACUCGCUGGUACAUUUCUAUAGCGUUUGUGGGGAUUGUGGGAGUGCGGUCAAGGUGUUUGAUGAGAUGCCUGAGAGAGAUGUGGUGUCUUGGACUGGCUUGAUAUCCGGGCAUGUGAAGUCGGGAUUGUUUGAUGAGGCUAUGUCUUUGUUUUCGAGGAUGGAUGUGAAGCCGAAUGUGGCAACAUUUGUUAGUGUGCUUGUGGCUUGCGGGCGGAUGGGGUAUUUGAGUGUGGGGAAGGUGAUUCAUGGAUUGAUCUUUAAGCGUUCGUUGGGGACAGAUUUGGUGGUAGGCAAUGCUGUCUUGGAUAUGUAUGUUAAGUGUGAGAGUUUAUGCGAUGCAAAGAAAUUUUUUGAUGAGCUUCCUGAAAGGGAUAUUGUAUCUUGGACGAGCAUGAUAAGUGGAUUGGUGCAGUGUAAACGUGCAAGAGAGUCAUUAGAGUUGUUCCACGAUAUGCAAAGUUUAGGCAUCGAGCCUGAUAAAAUUAUACUUGCUAGUGUGCUUUCGGCUUGUGCCAGUCUUGGGGCUCUUGAUUGUGGAAGAUGGGUGCAUGAGUAUAUUGAUCGUAAGGGUAUCCAGUGGGAUGUCCAUAUUGGAACAUCUCUGAUAGACAUGUAUGCGAAGUCUGGCUGUAUACAGAUGGCAUUGCAGACUUUUGACGAAUUGCAUUGUGGGAAUGUCUCUACAUGGAACGCAUUGUUAGGUGGUUUAGCAAUGCACGGACAUGGGCACGAAGCGCUGAAAAUUUUUGAAGAAAUGACUCGGUCUGGACCUAGACCAAAUGCAGUGACAUUUCUAGCCAUUUUGACUGCCUGCUGCCAUGCUGGUUUGGUUGAUGCAGGCCGUCGGUACUUUUAUCAGAUGAUAAGCCAACCUUACAAUCUUUCCCCAAAGUUAGAACACUAUGGAUGCAUGGUUGAUCUGCUCUGUAGGGCUGGACUCCUGGGUGAAGCUCGGGAGUUGAUAAACACAAUGCCCAUGCAACCCGAUGUGCUGAUAUGGGGAGCUCUCCUGAGUGCUUGCAAGGCCGUAGGUGACGUUGAGCUCUCCCAAGAAAUAUUAGACGCUCUCCUGAAACUUAAGUCGCAAGAUAGCGGGGCUUACGUGCUUCUAUCAAACAUAUAUGCAACAAAUAGAAGAUGGGGGGAUGUAAUAAGGGUAAGGAAGUUGAUGAAGAGGAAAGGAAUACAGAAGUCCCCCGGAUCGAGUGUUAUACAGGUCGAUGGUAAGGCUUAUGAAUUUGUAGUUGGAGGUACCAGCCACCCUCGAAAGGACGAUAUCCAUAUACUAUUGAAUAUCCUUGCUAAACAAGUCUAUCUUGAAGGGUUUUUUCCCAUCCAUUCCUGAUAAGAUAGUCUGCAUCCAGGAACUGUGCAACAAAUGCCCACAGCCUGUAUACGUCUUCAAAGUUGGCCAAGAAUCCGAGUGCAGCUGUAACCACGGUAAUUCCUAGAUCAGGUUUCGCCUUGGACUUGUUAGCAU